AUGCCGCCCCCACCCAAGACCGACAACCACCUCCACCUCCACCUCAACGGCAGCACCCUCAAAGCCGGCGGCCAAGUCCUCCGCAACGCCCUCGCCCUCUCAGCCCUAAUAUCCCGCCCCAUCACAAUCCACUCCAUCCGCGCCACUCGUCCCAGAAAGAGUCUGAAAGCAACACAUCCCCCGCCCAUCAAGUGCCAGCCGAAAUCAGCAAUAGCGUUGUCGAUGGCGCGGAGGUGGGAUCGAACAGAGGGUACAAAUGUGCAGAAACCUCCGCUAGUCGAGUAUAUUUCGCAGGUGUUCGCGCCAAAUCUGAAGGUCUUGGGUUUUCCGGAGCUAAUUGUGGAGCUACUCGAACGAGGAUGGACUGUGGGAUCACGCAACCCUGGGAAAGUAAGAUGUUUGAUCAAUCCUCUCCCAUCGAUUGAGCGAAGAAUUGAUUUCCCACCCCUCAAUUUGAACAAGAAUCGACGCGGCAAAGUCACCAAAAUCGACAUUACUGUUAUAGCACCAGAUACAGAAACCCGGUGGCCGGGUAACUGUCCUCUAGGCCCAGAGGAGGUCCUCAGCCUCCGCAAAUACAUCGAGCAUGAAACCAUUGCCAAGCUCCGCGAGGAGCUAGACCAUGUACCAUCGCAUAUGAUGAUGAAGAUGUCCCCAUAA